AUGACGUAUGCUCCAACCUUACUCAAGGUAAAUCGAAUCCAUCGGAUCUUCAAAGCCGCCAAGAAGUCCACAAGACCUCCUCGUAUGAUCCGCCCAAAGGAUCAAAUCAUUAUGUCCGCCAUUCUCAUGACGAUUCAGGUUGUGAUCGUGAUUGUGUCUGCUCUGGCAGGAGACUUAAGCCAUCCACAGCGACUCAUGCCCGACAAAAUGAGCAAGUACGUGGAGAUUUACUGUCAGUUCGGGAACGGUUUCAUUGCCUCGUGCGUGUACAACCUGCUCCUGAUCUUGGCUUGUUGCUUCUAUGCCUUUAAGACCCGCAAGGUACCCAGUAACUACAAUGAGUCCAAGUUCAUUGCCGUCAGCGUCUACUCCACGCUGGUAUUGUGCUUGGCCGCUGUACCCGUCUACACUACGGCAGUUGCAGUCAUACAGAAGGUGGCGACGCUGUGUAUGGCGCUGAUUCUUAAUGCUUACCUGACGUUGGUCUGCGUCUACUUGCCCAAGCUCUACGCUGUAUGUUUCGUUAAGAACAUUGAUAUACUGAAGUGCAGUAGUAUGAUGACUAAAGAGUCUGUCUUUAAGAUUCGUGAUUUACCUGGGUCUGUGGAAACUAAGACAGUUCCAUCGGUGAUCAUUUAAGGCUUCAUAAUGGCACUGGUUAUCAAUUAUUGUCAUAAUUAAAGGCAUAAUUACUAUUGAUAAUUACUUAAAAUAAUUAUUAACAUAAA